GACGGCGGCUCGGCCGUGCCUGCGUUGCGGGCUGUGGCGAGCGGCGCCGUGUAAAUGGAUCGCCAUUCCAGCUACAUCUUCAUCUGGCUGCAACUGGAGCUGUGCGCCAUGGCCGUCCUGCUCACCAGAGUGCAGACUGUAGGAGGAGGACAUUUGACUAUUCAGUCAGCUUUGAAAGCCUUGGUGCUACUGUAGUGGCAAGUACAGUAGGCACACCAGAAGUAGUUUUAAGUUCGUUCUUCCAAGGAUGUCUCCAAAAUCUGACUUCCUCUUAAACCUUGGCUCGAUGGCACAUUGAGUUAUGUUUGAGUUGCAACUUGCCUGGAAAGAGUGAAAUCAGAUGCUACUGUGAUGCUGCACACUGUGUUGCAACUGGCUAUAUGUGCAAAUCUGAGCUUAGUGCCUGCUUCUCCAGACUGCUUGAUCCUCAGAAUACACAUUCUCCACUUACUCAUGGCUGCUUGGACUCUAUUGCAAGCACAGCUGAGAUCUGCCAAGCCAAACAAGCACAAAACCACUCUGGCACCACCACCAUGUCCACGUUGGAAUGCUGUCAUGAAGAUAUGUGCAAUUACAGAGGACUACAUGAUGUUUUGUCUCCUUCCAGGGGCGAUGCUUCAGGACAAGGGAGCAGAUAUCAACAUGACAGCAGCAGGAAUCUCAUCACCAAGGUGCAAGAAUUGACUUCCUCGAAAGAGUUAUGGUUCAGGGCAGCUGUAAUUGCUGUUCCAAUAGCUGGUGGGCUAAUCUUGGUGCUCCUCAUCAUGCUGGCCUUGAGGAUGCUCAGGAGUGAAAACAAGAGACUGCAAGAUCAGCGACAGCAAAUGCUCUCUCGUUUGCACUACAGUUUUCAUGGACAUCAUUCGAAAAAAGGGCAGGUGGCAAAAUUGGACUUGGAAUGCAUGGUGCCUGUGACUGGUCACGAGAACUGCUGCAUGACCUGUGAUAAAAUGAGACAUUCAGACCUCAGCAAUGAUAAAAUUCUUUCACUAGUCCACUGGGGAAUGUACAGCGGACAUGGAAAGCUGGAAUUUGUAUGACCAAUUAUUUUUUAAUCUGAGCUAAACUUACUCUCUGAACUCUUGAAGGCCUUUGGGUUCUGCUGGACAGGAGCACUUUAUCUUAAAACAAAAACUCUCAUAAAUCAUCUUUGAGAAACAAAGGACCUCUGCAAACAGAAUCUUGGAUAUUUCUUCUGAAGGAUUCCAAAAGUUGUCUUAUUUGCACAGAGUAAAAUACACUCAAAUGUAUUGUUUGCUUCAGAGUUGUGAAAGCAAAAGUUAGAAGUUGUAAACACUGUCACCAGGGUUAUCUGAACUGUAGGGAGCUGAGAACUGAGUUAUUAUAAUAAACUGUAUGCAAGCUCCUAUGUUUCCUGACUUAUUGUAAAGAUUUUUUAAAAUAUAUAUAUUUUCUCUGAAA